AUGGCCAGCAUCGGGCAGCCGCCACCGCCAUCCGAAGGGGCAUCCAGAUUGUCCCCAAACGAGGUGGCCAUUGCUCGUGUCGACAACCCUAUUGGAAAAGCGGAAGAGCCGGGAAAUGCCGCAGUCUCGGCCGCACAAACAACAGAGGAGGCUUCUUCCGAUGCCCCUUCCUUAGUUCCUGAUCAAAUUGAACAACUUCGAGCCCAGGUUAAAAUAUAUCGAUUAUUGGCAAAGAAUGAGCCUCUUCCUGCCGAACUGCUCUCACAGGCCACAACGUCCAAAAGCAAGCCUACGACGCUUCUACCCGAUCCUUUCGCCUAUCCCAUGGAAGGGGAAAAUGGAACCCGCCUCCCGUACGACCUGAUGUGGGUGCUUCAAGUUCAUGUUAAAAGGACUACAAAUCGUGCCACAACGUUACCGGUGUCUUGCGGCAUUGACCCCAACGCAAUGUAUAAGGAGCGAGAAGAGCGGAUCCAUAAUCGCAUGCAACUUCGCAUACAGGAGCUGAGCAACUUGCCGGAUGAUCUACCAGCGGAACUGAAGCUAAAGUGCGAUAUUGAGCUGCGCUCCUUGCGGUUGGCAAGCUUGCAGGCCCAGGUUCGUGGCGAGGCCAUAGGCAGCUACAAACGGGAAUCUCUCCUCGAGACUUCAGUAAAUCCGUUUGCUUAUCGGCGAAUAAAACGGCAGACCCAUCGCGAGGCGCGCGUCACUGAGAAGCUUGAGAAGCAACAAAAGGUGGAAGCGGAACGAAAGCGGCGUCAGAAGCACACAGUUUUCCUGAACGAAAUUCUCCAGCAUGGCCGAGAGUUUAAGGAAUUCCACCGAAACAAUUUACUAAAGAGGAAAACUGCCAGGAGAGCUGUGGAAAAUUAUAUCCUGAACAGCGAGCGAGAGAAGAAGAAGGAUGAGAUCAAAAACGAAAAGUUGCGUAUGCAGAAGCUUAUGCAGGAAGAUGAAGAAGGAUAUCGACAACUGCUUGACGAAAAGAAGGACAAACGCUUAGUGCUGCUUCUACAACAGACGGAUGAAUACGUCGGCAGCUUGACGAGCCUGGUUAGACAACACCAGAAUGCAGAAAAGAGGAAGAAAAAGGAGCAGACGCGCAUCGAUCAGAACAAGGGUGAAAUGCACGUCCAUAUUCGGCACCUCGAAACUGGUAAUUUGUUGCCUCCAGAAGAAUGUCCCAGUGCCGAUGAUGUCGACACGUGGCUAGAAACACAUCCUGGGCACGAGAUUGUGCCCCGGGAUGGAGCUUCUGAGGAGAGUGAUAACGACGAGGAGGAAGAGGUGAAAGAAGAAAAGAAAGAAACCGUCGAUGAUGAGAUGGAGGGGCUGACGGAAGAGGAGAAAGCCAGAAAAAUCCUUGAGAAGGCGCGAAAUGAAGAGGAUGAGUACGAUCCAAAAACGAAAAAGCAAAUGGCUGACUACUAUGCAACUGCUCAUCGGACCAAGGAAAUCAUUAACCACCAGCACUCAACUAUGGGAGGGGGCGAUGACACGUUGAAGUUGAAGCCCUACCAAAUUAAGGGACUUGAAUGGCUUGUCUCGCUGUAUAAUAACAAUCUCAACGGUAUUUUGGCCGACGAAAUGGGCUUGGGCAAGACGAUUCAAACCGUCGCGUUGAUCACCUACCUAAUGGAGAUCAAGAACAACAACGGCCCGUUCCUCGUGAUCGUACCGCUAUCCACGAUUUCAAAUUGGCAACUCGAGUUCGAGAAAUGGGCACCGCACGUGAAGUGCAUCAUUUACAAGGGAGAUAAAGACGCGCGUCGCCGUCUGGACGGGCAGGUCAAAAAGGCGGCAUUCAACGUCCUCUUGACCACAUAUGACUAUGUGCUGCGCGAGAAGGCUUCGUUGGGAAAGAUCCGUUGGAAGUACAUGAUCAUCGACGAGGGCCAUCGGAUGAAGAACCACAACAACAAGUUGACACUCAUUCUGAACGGAUUCUUCCACGCCCAACACCGUGUGUUGCUCACCGGCACGCCGCUGCAGAAUAAGUUGCCAGAGCUGUGGGCGUUGCUGAACUUCCUGCUGCCCUCGAUUUUCAGUUCGUGCGUGACGUUCGAACAGUGGUUCAACGCGCCCUUCGCCACGAGUGGCGAGAAAGUGGAGCUGAACCAGGAAGAGACCAUGCUAAUAAUCCGGCGCCUACAUAAAGUGCUGCGCCCCUUCCUGCUGCGCCGGCUGAAAAAGGAGGUCGAGUCUCAGCUUCCUGACAAGACAGAAUAUGUCAUCAAGUGCGACAUGUCAGCUCUGCAAAAAGUGCUGUACCAGCAUAUGCAAAAGGGUCUGCUCAUCGACACAAAACAACAGCAAGGUGGACGGGCGCUGAUGAACACCGUUGUUCAUCUUAGAAAGUUGUGCAACCAUCCGUUCCUCUUCCAAACCGUCGAAGACAGCUGUAAAAACUUCUGGAAAGUACAAGAGGUCUCCAACCAAGAUCUGGUCCGUGUUGGCGGCAAAUUUGAGCUGUUGGACAGAAUUCUGCCCAAAUUGAAGGCUACCGGGCAUCGUUGUCUUAUUUUCUGCCAAAUGACGAGCUUGAUGACGAUUCUGGAAGACUUUUUCAAUUAUAGAGGAUGGAAGUACUUGCGACUUGAUGGAAGCACGAAGCCCGAUGAGCGCGGAGAUCUGCUAAAGCAAUACAACGCGGAAGGAUCGGAAUACUUUCUCUUUAUGCUGUCGACGAGGGCAGGCGGUCUUGGGCUGAAUCUACAGACAGCGGACACUGUCAUCAUUUUCGAUUCUGAUUGGAAUCCCCAUCAGGACAUGCAAGCGCAAGAUCGAGCUCAUCGAAUCGGGCAAAAGAAGGAGGUCCGCGUGUUGCGAUUGAUUACCGCUUGUUCGGUUGAGGAAAAGAUUCUCGCUGCUGCUAGAUACAAGCUGAACGUCGACGAGAAGGUCAUCCAGGCUGGAAAGUUCAAUCAGCGUUCCACCGGAGCCGAGCGACGCGAAUUCCUAGAGCAAAUUAUCAGCCAGGAGCAAGAGGAUGAUGAUGAGGACGAGAUCCCGGAUGAUGAAAUGAUCAAUCAGUUGAUCUGCCGGUCCGAGGAGGAGUUCCAGCUAUUCCAAAAUCUCGACAUCGACCGCAGACGUGAGGAGGCUAAUCAAUUGCAUCGAAAACCGCGUCUUCUGGAGAUGAAUGAGAUUCCGGAAGACAUCUUGAAAGCGGCCGAACAUUUCGACGAGAUGGAACGAAUUGAGCGCGAGGGGAUACAGCCUGUUCAGAUCGAUGAUGUGGGCCGGGGACGACGGAAGAGACAGGUGGACUACUCAAUCGACUCAAUGUCUGAUCGGGAUUGGCUUCGACAAUACGACGAUGCUAUAGACGAUGAUGAUGACGAAGAACAAAUGGAAACACCAAAGAAAUCUCGAGGAAAAAGAAAGCGAGAUGAGGACUUUGAAGAGGAACCGGGUACAAGCAAAAAGAAGAAGAAGCCGUCUGCAGAGAUCAUUAAUGCGCUGAAUACGGCGUACACCGCUACUACAGAAUUUGUAACGAGUGAUGGCAAGGAACUGGCCGAACCCUUUAUCGAGCUCCCAUCCCGCCGAGAUCUACCGGACUAUUACGCCGUUAUCGAAAGGCCGAUGGACUUUGUUCGAAUUCGGAAGAAGAUCGAUACCGGAAGGUACAGUAGCAUUGAGGAAAUGGCCGAUGACGUCUUCUUACUUUGUGAAAAUGCGAGGCGCUACAAUAUUGACGGGUGCGAGAUCUACAAUGACUCCAUCAUUCUGGAGAAUUUGUGGAAAAAACUGACGAACACCGUACCAAAAUCAGAGCGCAGCAAAGUAACGAAAGACGCCGAGGACUCGAAUAGUCGCGAGAAUUCCCGGGCUGAUGACGAGAAUACAAGGCUUUCUGCUGGAGCGGCACCAACUGUGGUAUCCUCGUUGGGCUUCAUCUGCUGUUAUAGGGGUGGCAUGGCUAAAGCGAGGGAUGGAUCGGUGCCGGCUGCGUCGUCGACUGCCGGCGACAGCGCCUCGAUCGAGGAUUACCCGAAACAACGCCGAAUCCUGGAGAUUCAAAAGGAGCUGGCGCUACGGAUGGCCAGUCGGGAGCAGCGUGAGAAAUAUCGAGUUGAUGACGACGUCAGCUCAAACAAUGCAGCGCAGACGGAAGAGGGCGAGAUGACAACUCGCCCGCCACGCUUUGCCCGCGAGGACGUCGACGGGGUGUCCGUCGGCACCGAAACGCACGUCAAAUUCACCAAAAACGUGCUGCACUUUGAUGCGAUGCGAGAUCUAAACUUCACGAUGCUCUUCUGGUCGUGCUGCUUCUCGGCCCAGCGUCUACUCGAGCUCCCGGUGGCGGCCAACGAGUUUGGCGGCUAUUGGUUCUUGAUACCGUUCCUUCUAUGCUACAUCUUCGUUGCCGCGCCGAUGGUGGUGCUCGAGAUGGCGCUCGGGCAGUUCACGUCGCGGGAUCCGGUGGUCGUUUUCGCCAGGCUGGCGCCGUUCUUUAAAGUGGUAUCCUACCUGAUGUUCGCCGUGCGUCUGCUUCGAAUGGCCGUAUGCCGGGUGGACCCGAGCCCGAUGCUCCACCUCCUCCACGAGCUCCUCUCCGUCAUCAUCGGCGGGCAAAUCAUCCCGACCUGCGAGGGCCGUGGAAUUUAUUGCGCUGCUGCGCUUGAAUGUAAAACCGGUGAGAUCGCCGUCGUCCCGGGCAAGUGCAUAAAUCUCACUUCUAUGCCAUCCGACCUCUACGCUUCAUCCGAGGGUCGUCUCUACACCAACUACGCACCGGUGCCCCGUCUGGACCAUGUCAUCCGCUUGCGCGAGGACCUCGGCGAGUACGGAUUACAUUGCUGCUUCGUGUUGCUGGCCAUAUUGCUGGUGUCGCUACGCCUCGCUCAUCUUCGUCAGCAGACGGCUGUAGUGAUAUCCUUCGUGCUGUUGUUGGCCUUCAUGGCCGUCCUCAUCGGCAUCGUCGUGGUCGGCCAGGCGAGCACGCGUGGCGGCGGUCUGCCCGCCAAUUUCAGGCUCAACAACAAUGUGCUGCUGCUGCUUGAUCCAUCCACGUGGUCGUGGGCCCUGUUUUAUUCGCUGGAAAUCCUCGGUGUUUGCGAUGGAACAAUGACAAUAUUCGCGGCGCAGAUGCCGUUCCACUACCGCGGUGCUAGUGUCGCCUACUCCAUGCUCAGCAUCACCCUCGGGCUGGUGCUCCUCUCAUUCGGCAUCGUCGUGCCCACCCUCAAUAUGGCGUACACGGGCGUGCCGCUGCGCAUCUGGGACGGGCUAUGGUCGCGACAACCAUUCUUCUUCGCUUUCCUGCGAUCGGUCCAGUAUUCUGGGCUCUUCCGGGUGAUGGCCGUGGUCUUGGCCGUCAUCCUCACACUCAUCCAAAUACCGUACGUUGCGAUGGCCCUGCGACUCGUCACCCUGCAUCACAUCUUGCGCAAUCUAUCCGGGUUCAGUGAGGGGAGCCCGUGGACGAUGAAGUAUUGCAACCAGGUCAUCCUGUCGUUCAUCGUGCUUGGCUUAGUGCGCGCCACUGCAUUCUCUAAUAUCGCCACAUUCUGGGUGAACUUCGUUGUCGCUUGGAUCGUGCCGGUAAUCGCCAUCAUGGAAUGCGUGGCGGUCAGCUGGGUGUACGGCUCGGAACGGUUCCGGAUUAACCUAAAGACAAUGUACGGCAAGUACCGAGAAUUUUGGACUACGCGCUACCUCAUAUGGCUUUGGGCCUACAUUACCCCAAAUUUUGUUUGUAUUAUUUGGCUCAGCCUCACCAUCUAUUCACUGACAAAUCGAUUUGCUCUGGGCACGCUCGCUCUAUACACGAUGGCUGCGGGUCUCGGCAGCAUAUUCUUCUACCUCUCGCUGGCCAGCUACGCGUUUGGUGCGCAAGGAAGAUUCCGUCACUACUUCCUGCCAGACUCUCGCUGGGGCCCAUACAGCCUCAUCAACCAAGCGAAGGUGCAACGAGACGAACGGGCUGCCCACAUCUGU